GGCGAUCUACGCCGUGGUGAACCUGGUGAUCUUCUACCCCGCCGCCUCGGCCUGGACGUGGCUCGCGUUCAUCUUCAGCGCGGUGGUCUACGGCACCAGCUACCGGUCCAUGAACUCCAUGGCAAAGCCAUCUUUCACAGAGGAUGGCAGCCUUGCCGACGGGGGAAUUGACCUGAAUAUGGAGCAGGGGAUGGCAGAGCACCUCAAGGAUGUGAUCCUGCUGACAGCUAUAGUCCAAGUGCUGAGCUGCUUCUCACUCUACAUCUGGUAUUUCUGGCUCUUGGCUCCAGGCCGUGCACUCUACCUCCUGUGGGUGAACAUCCUGGGGCCCUGGUUCACUGCUGACUCUUCACCUGCUGCUCAGGAACCAAACGAGAAGAAGCAGCGCCGACAAGAACGCCGACAGAUGAAACGCUUCUAGCCCUGGCUGGGGAUAGAUUAACACCGUCUCUCAUCUCCAUGCUGUUGUUUCAUCAGGGAUGCGACUGAAACCAAUCCAAAACCACCACAGUAGCUCUGUUGCCCUCUGUCAUUGCUGCCAUUCUGCUAGAAAGGCUGCAAGAGACUUCCAUGGGUUGGCUCUUAGCACCAGCUGAGGCCUUUGUUCCUUGGGAUGACGAGGGGGGUGAUGCUGGGAUGUGUGUAAAUACCUUUUUCUAAGCAGUGCUGUAUCACGUUUGAGGUUGGGAAGUGCAAUGUUGGAGGAAAUAGUACAUUAAAGAGCAGAGUGUAAGUGAC